AGCCGCCCCCCGGGGGAGUGAGCGCAGUCGUCCCGGAUACGCGGGGAGGCAAACUUUGAGGUCCACAGCAUGUCCUCCUCGGGCACAGCUGCGGAGGGAGAGGCAGCCCCCGCCCAGCCCGCGUCCGAAAAAGAGCCCGACAUGCCCGGCCCGAGAGAGGAAAGUGAAGAGGAGGACGAGGACGACGACGAGGAGGAGGAGGAGGAGGAAGAGAAAGAAAAGAGCCUCAUUGUGGAAGGCAAGAGGGAAAAGAAGAAAGUAGAGAGGUUGACGAUGCAAGUCUCUUCUUUACAAAGAGAGCCAUUUACAAUUGCACAAGGAAAAGGGCAGAAACUUUGUGAAAUUGAAAGGAUACAUUUCUUUUUGAGUAAGAAGAAAACAGAUGAACUUAGAAAUCUCCAUAAACUGCUUUACAACAGACCAGGAACAGUGUCCUCAUUAAAGAAGAAUGUGGGUCAGUUCAGUGGCUUUCCGUUUGAAAAAGGAAGUAUCCAGUAUAAAAAGAAGGAAGAAAUGUUGAAAAAAUUUAGAAAUGCCAUGUUAAAGAGCAUCUGCGAGGUUCUUGACUUGGAGAGAUCGGGUGUAAAUAGUGAACUGGUGAAAAGGAUCUUGAAUUUUUUAAUGCAUCCAAAGCCUUCUGGCAAACCAUUGCCAAAAUCUAAAAAAAGUUCUAGCAAAGGCAACAAAAAGGAACGGAACAGUUCUGGGAUGGCCAGGAAAGCUAAGCGAACCAAAUGUCCUGAAAUCCUGUCAGAUGAAUCUAGCAGUGAUGAAGAGGAAAAGAAAAACAAAGAGGAGUCCUCAGAGGAUGAAGAUAAAGAGAGUGAAGAGGAGCAGCCACCAAAAAAGACAUCCAAAAGAGAAAAGCCCAAACAGAAAGCCACUCCUAAAAGUAAAAAAUCCGUAAAAGGUGCUAAUGUUAAGAAGGCAGAUAGCAGUACCACCAAGAAGAAUCAAAAUAGUUCCAAAAAAGAAAGUGAAUCUGAGGAUAGUUCAGAUGAUGAACCUUUAAUUAAAAAACUGAAGAAACCUCCUACAGAUGAAGAGUUAAAGGAAACAGUAAAGAAAUUAUUGGCCAGUGCUAACUUGGAGGAAGUCACAAUGAAGCAGAUUUGCAAAGAGGUAUAUGAAAAUUAUCCUGCUUAUGACUUAACUGAAAGAAAAGAGUUCAUAAAAACAACUGUUAAAGAGCUGAUUUCUUGAGAAAGAGGACAGAGACAGAUGACCCAUGCCCAUGGAGCUAAAGAUCUGAUUUAUAUAUCAUUAUACCAGCAAAGAGAAUGUAUUUCCUUUUCUAAAUCUUUGCAAGCGUUGUUGGUAGAACUUCCUGCUGACCUUUUUAUCUCAAGUGUUAGGUGAAUUGCGUUUGCUGUUUUAAAUUGCAUUUUUAUGCAGUUUUUAGUUUAAAUUUUUGCAUGGCUACAGUAAUUGUCCCUUGCUUUUAUAGUUGUAUUUUGUACAUUUUGGAUUUCUUUAUAUAAGACUAUAGAUUCUUGAACUGUUGUAGUUUUUAGUGUAUGUGCGCAAUAUUAGCUUAAGUCAUACUUUUAAUCAAGUAGAACAGAAACUAUGGUAAUUGGCAUUUAUACAUGCAGAGACUGUUGCAGUAUUUAGUAGAUAAAAUAUUUUGAAUACACGUCUGUCAGUGUUAAAACCAGUGGCGGUGUGUUCAUCAUGUUAAAAAUACAUGAGCUUCAGCAGC